UAGCGGAUCGGGGCUGCGCGCGGCACGGUCCUGCCCCGCCCCGCUCCGCUCCACCCGCGAGGAGGCCUGAGCUCUUUCCCCAGAGGUACCUGCUGGGAUGGAGGAGGCUGGCCAGAGCAGGGAGGAGAUUUCUGCUCAAACGCCUUCCAGGGGCUGAAGGAGCCUGGGGCAGAAGUGGUUCUGAGUCAUCCCUGACACCUGAUUGUCAGCCAGCCCUGAAGCCAGUGUCCCCCCCUACUCUGCCCUGCAUCCCCCAGAGGGUGGCCCGAGGCAGCCGGGAUGACAGCUCUCCCCAGGAGCCCUGCUACCUGCUGAGAAACAUGGUCAGCAAGUCCCCUCCUCUGUGCAUGUGCCCUGCAGGCUGGAAGCUCCUGGCCAUGCUGGCUCUGGUCCUGGUCGUCAUGGUGUGGUAUUCCAUUUCCCGAGAAGACAGGUACAUUGAGCUUUUUUAUUUUCCCAUCCCAGAGAAGAAGGAGCCGUGCCUGCAGGGGGAGGCGGAGAGGAAGGUCUCUAAGCUCUUUGGCAAUUUCUCACGAGAUCAGCCCAUCUUCCUGCAGCUCAAGGACUAUUUCUGGGUCAAGACACCCUCAGCCUACGAGCUGCCCUAUGGGACCAAAGGGAGUGAAGACCUGCUCCUCCGGGUCCUGGCCAUUACCAGCUACUCCAUUCCCGAGAGCAUCCAGAGACUCAAGUGCCGCCGCUGUGUGGUGGUGGGUAACGGGCACCGGCUGCGCAACAGCUCGCUGGGAGAGGCCAUCAACAAAUAUGAUGUGGUCAUCAGGCUGAACAAUGCCCCAGUGGCUGGCUACGAGGGUGACGUGGGCUCCAAGACCACCAUGCGUCUCUUCUACCCUGAAUCUGCUCACUUCGACCCCAAAGAACAGAACAACCCCGACACCCUCCUCGUCCUGGUGGCUUUUAAGGGGAUGGACUUCCACUGGAUUGAGACCAUCCUGAGUGAUAAGAAGCGGGUGCGAAAGGGCUUCUGGAAACAGCCUCCACUCAUCUGGGAUGCCAACCCCAAACAGAUUCGGAUUCUCAAUCCCUUCUUCAUGGAGAUUGCAGCAGAUAAACUGCUGAACCUGCCAAUGCAACAGCCACGCAAGAUUAAGCAGAAGCCCACCACAGGCCUGCUGGCCAUCACCCUGGCCCUGCACCUCUGCGACCUGGUGCACAUUGCUGGCUUUGGCUACCCAGACGCCUUCAACAAGAAGCAGACCAUUCACUACUAUGAGCAGAUCACGCUCAAGUCCAUGGCAGGGUCAGGCCACAAUGUCUCCCAGGAGGCCCUGGCUAUCAAGCGGAUGCUGGAAAUUGGAGCAGUGAAGAACCUCACUUAUUUCUGACAUGGGCACUCACUUUUCGAUCAGUCUGCCCACUCUGCUGCCUGAGUGCCCCCCCAUCCAUGGCUGUGGGGGUGCCUGGUGUCACUUAUGACCCAUUUGGACUCACCGUCUCCUGUGUGGGGAGGGAGUCCCGGGACUAGCCAUGUAUGAGAUAAGGCCAUGUCCCUGGCUGCUCUUCAGGGCCCAGAUGCAGUCAGGACAUAGGCCUUGGAGUUGAGGGAGCACAGUCAAGGCACAGGACUUGUUGCUGUGGCCUCGCCUCUCUGCCAGCGCUGGGAGAUUAUUUAAUGGGCUAUUUAAUUAAAGGGUAAGGAAGGGCUGUGGGCUGGCCCCAUGGCAUCCAGGAUAGGGGGCAUACUACAGUGUUCUGCCCGCUUUUUAUAAAUACUCAGAACUCUGGGGCCCAUGAAGGCCUGGACCCAGAGCAGAGCCUCCCAAGAGGGUGGGGGCUUCUGGAGUGAGCGGGUGCCCUCCAAGAGGGGCUGCUAUCUCCCAGCGGGCAUGGGAAGAGCAUUGGUAUGCAGGUUCCAUGCAGAGAUGGAUCUCAUCUAGAUAAAAGAUUACAAACUUACGAUUAAACUAUUUUUCCUAAAAUGGAA